GCGAGGUGGUGGCCGCGUCCUCCCGUCGCAGGCGCCGAGGCGAGGACCGCGGUGAGGCCCGCGAAAGGGCGAGCCUCAGGAGAGCCGCCGCCGGCUUCCACAGCCCUCAGGAGCUGAGCAUCUCCGAGCGGGGCCGCCGCCCCCCUGCCCGCACCGGGGUCGCGAGGUGCCCAGCGCCCGCGAUGGAGCCGGGAUGAGCCGCGCGCCCGCCUGAGAAAGAGGACCCAGGAUGGAGCGGAUGGCGGAGCUCAGCCAGGAGGCGGUGCUGCGCUUCCUCGCCGAGCACGGCGGCCGAGUCCGCAACGCCGAGCUGGUGGAGCACUUCAGAGGCGCCCUGGGCGGCGAGCCCGAGCAGCGGGCCCGCGCCCGCGAGCGCUUCAAGCAGCUGGUCAACGCCGUGGCCACGGUCCGCACCGACCCCGCGGACGGCGCCAAGUACGUGCACCUCAAGAAGAAGUUCAGCGCGGGACUCCCGCCGUCCGAGGCGGCCCCUGCCCCCGCCGCCGGCCCGGAGGGGCCUCCCACCCACGACGCAGCCGGCUGUGCCCGGCAGCCCCCGCCGCCGCCCCCCGUCGACGGCGUCGCAGUCCUUCCCGCGCCCCCUAGGGACCUGCCCCGCAUCACAGUGACCGCGGAGCCGGAGCCCUGCGACGGCGACCCGGGAACCCCCGAGGACCGUGCCCGGCCUGGGGAGAGCGACGCGGCGGAGGGCCGGGAGUCCGGCGACGGGGAACCUCCGGCCGCUUCGCCAGGGCCUCCGGGCUCAGCCGGGGACAACCGGCGUGUUCCGCCCAGACCCGGGCAGGUGCCUCCCUUGAGCGUCGGGGCCCGGAGGAAGAACUCGCGCCGCAAUGUGCAGCCCCUGCCCCGGGGACCGCCCCCGGGACCCAGCGAGGAGCUGCUGGAGCCCGCGCCCCUCGGCGGGGAGGAGGCGGAUGGCGGCAGCUCCCCCGGGGCAGCCACCACCCCGAGAUCUACCCGCAAGAACUUCCGGGAUCUUGUGAUGGGCAGCUCCCCGCAACUUAAGCGGAGCUUCUUUCCUGGGGGCGGGAGUCCCGGGAGUUCCUCCGGGGGAGGGCGCGGCAGAGGCGGAGGGGACUCGGACAGCGCUUCCCUGGCCUCGUCGUCGGCAGAGGAGGAGGGCAGCGGCGGGGGCUCGGUGACGCUGGACCCCCUGGAGCACGCCUGGAUGCUCUUGGCCUCGGACGGCAAGUGGGACAGCCUGGAAGGGUUGCUCUCCUGCGAGCCCGGCCUGCUGGCCAAACGGGACUUCAUCACCGGCUUCACUUGCCUGCACUGGGCCGCCAAGCACGGCAGGCAGGAGCUCCUGGCCAUGCUGGUCAACUUCGCCAAUAAGCACCAGCUGCCUGUGAACAUCAACGCCAGGACGAGCGGGGGUUACACCGCCCUGCAUUUGGCGGCUAUGCACGGGCACGUGGAGGUGGUGAAGUUGCUGGUGGGGGCCUACGACGCAGAUGUGGACAUUAGGGACUACAGUGGGAAAAAGGCCUCUCAGUACCUGAGUCAGAGCAUCGCCGAGGAGAUCAAGAACCUGGUGGGGGCCUUGGAUGAGGACGAUGGAGAGGCCGCUGCGGGCAGUGGGGGUGGUCGCUGGAGGCUUUCAAGGGUGCUCCCCUCGCAUCUCAUCACCCACAAACUCUCGCACGUCCUGGAGGACUGCGCGGAUCAUCACCACCACCAUCAUCACCAUCACCACUUGGCCGAAGGCUGGGCUGGAGGCAAAGCCAAGGAUCCAGGGCGCAAAGCCUCAGGCAGCUCCAGCGGGCGGAUGAAACCCAGACUCAACAAAAUCCGUUUCCGAACUCAGAUCAUCCACACCACACCCUCUUUCAAAGACCCGGAGCCACCACUAGACGAGGAGGCGGAGGAGGGGCGCUCUCUUAAAAGCCACUCAUCCUCCUCAUUCAAGUUGAGACCGAAGUCUAACGUAUUUGGGUAAAAACAGUCUCUUUCCAAAGUCCCUACGUUGGUUUGUCUUCAGGAAUAGAACACUAGGCGUGGGCAAGGAAGCGAAACCAGGAAAGACUAAGGCUAGAUUCCCUUUUCUGUACUUGAGUUGGAGUGGCUGGGGAGGAAGGAGAAACAGGUACUCGGAAAGAGUAACAGAAGUAACAGGUACUCGGAAAGAGUAACAGGAGUAACAGGUACUCAGAAAGCCAAAGGGCUUUCUGUAGCAGUGCAGAUUCCCUGCAGGCUAGCAUUCUGGCGGAAGUGGAUUUCUUUUUAAUUGAUUGAUCAAACCUUGGACUGUGCCUCUUUUCCCUGCUCCUUCCCUCAGCCCUGAAGUCCCUGUUUCUGAGAUCUACAAGUGUAUCUUCAGUUGGGGGGACAGAAUUGAUGAUUGAGUGUUCUUUCUUUAACCAUUACUGAAUGCCAUGCAAUGUAAGGAAUAUUGCAUUUUUAUGUAUCUUUUUAAAAACAUUUACCCUUCCAAAAGAAACAAGAAAUGCAGAUUAUAAUAAACUGGUAGUAUUUGUAUGUGUGUACAAAACUACAGGCUUCCCUGUGUUUUUACUAAUUGCAUUUGCUUUGUAAAGUACCACCAAAGGUCAGGUCAGAGUUGAAAUGCAAAAAUAUGAUUAGAGAAUAAUGGGUAUCCUGUUUGCAUCCGAUUUGUAUCAUAAGUAACUGUUCAACUAUUUUUUUAAGCAAUUUCAGUUUUUAUUGCUGAACUGAAAAAUGGGCAACAUCACUUUUGAGUUAAACUGUAGUGUGAUUUCUACUUUAACAACACUGCCCUCAGUAUUAAGGUACAUUAUUAAUUACACAAUUUUUUAUUAAAAGAAAAGAGCACUGUUCACAUCCUUCAGUACUUUUAAGUAAAAUGUGUCCUCUCAUUCUGAUUCUCAUUAACUUAUUUUGCUGUACUAAAAGUCUAAAUUUGCCAGGAGGUUUAUUCUGGGGUCAUAUACCAUUGUAUUCAGUAUGAUCCUUGGUGCUUAGAGUUGAAUUGCCAUAGAAACUAUUUCUGGUUUAGAUGAUUAGCAAAAAUUGGCAUAAAUGUUAGUGAGCCUCUGCUUCUGUGAAGUAGUUAUUAAAUCAAAUUAAUGAUUCUCACGGUACCCUUUUAUUUUACUAGUAAAAUACAUUCAUGGUCUCUUUGUAGCAAUGUUUUGCAAAUGUUUAAAAUGCUAAAUCCUUUUAAUUUCCAACAUUUCCUUGAAUCUAUUAGAGACCUAUGGUAAAGUUAUUGAAAAGCUGGGUGAUAAACCUACCCAGUUUAUUAAACCUACAGCACUUUAUAAAAGGAAAGAGAUGGGACUGUAUUUAAAUGCUGCUGGUUAUUGACUCCCUUUGUAUAUAAAUGAAAAAUAAUUGCCCCUUAAAAUUAAAGACUUGUUGAAGUGGUUCUUAAUUACGUUUCAUUUAAAUGUGUUAGUAUAAAUGGCUUUAUAAUUACUUUAAGUCACAAACAUAUUAAAUCUGUUUGUAACAAGGUUAGAAACAACUUUUGGGGGAGACUAAUUUGAGCAAGUCCUCCAUUAGCCAUUUUGGUCUCAUUAUUGCUGAAACAUAGGUACCUGCAGCCUGGAGGGACAGCCUGCAGAUUGAAUGAACCACUGUAUGAACUGCAUAGUGCUACACUAUUUUGAAUUCUUAGAUUUUUAAUUUCCCAAGUUGUUGAAAUUUGUGACAAGCUUGUUGCAUCUUUCUCUAGGUGACAAUUGAAUUUGUUUAAAAUCACAGAAAAUGUAUCUAGUAUACAUUUGUGUGCCUUUACUUUUAAGAUCAUGAAAAUAGAAUGUAUACAUUUGAGAAGUGCUUUUAUCCACACAUGUGGGUGAAAAACCAAUCUAACUUUGUCUAAAUUAAAAUGGGUUACUUAAAGGUGAAAAGUAGUCAUUUAUUCUGAAUCAGUCAUAUACAUGUUACAUUUAUCUAGUGCAGAGUAAGCUAUAACUUCCGAGUGAGGAAAUUUAAAAAUUGCAUUGACGUGUAAAGCUAAGGUGAACUGUAAAGAAUAGACACUUCAGAACCAUCUAAAUGUUCUAUUGAAGAGUCAGUAUUAAUGUCUUAAAUGUGUAUGUUAGCAACUAAUUGCACAAAAUCUGUGAUCUGCUAGAUCUUUAGAAACUUGCCUUUUACACUAAAGGCUUUAACUUUUCCAUUAAAAUUUAUAUUUAAGUUUUAAAAAGUAAUUCCUGAGGGGAAGUACUUCAACAUUCCUUGUCAUCCUGUGCUUGUAUGCAGUAACUGUAGCAUUUGCAGCUACCAAACUCUAUAUUCCCCUUAUUUUUCAAUUUCCAAAUCAAGAGAUUAUAAAAAGCAAAUGAUUUGUGUAAUUUGAAUAUUCAUAAAGUUGUGCCUACCAUUAAUGGAAAUACAGAUCAGAUACUUAAAUGUUUGUUGAUAUAAAACUGGUUAAAAAACCUCAAGUAUGUCCAUGUGUUUAUUAUAGGCACACUUGAAAUUAUUGAAUGUUUGGCAUAAUUCUUAUGGCAUAGAAAAUGCAGUUAGCUUACAUAACUUGAAAAUUUGAUACUAUUUUAUUGUCACACUUGAAAACUUGGGAGUCCAGAAUGUCUUGUCUCUUGUUUUUUAAAUAAGUGAAACUUUAGGAGUUUGAGAAUAUAAAAUUUGUAAAGUUAGUUUUGUCAAAAUAAAAAGUGCCCACUAGAAUUUUUCUCUGAA